AUGCACAGCCUCGGGGAUGAAAUCCUUAAAGACAGCGUCACUUCGGAAAUAGAGCGCAUGCAUAGAGACGACCGCAACCGAGGCACACGUCAGCAAGCGGGCCAGACAAUGAACACGCACGCACGUGAGGGAGAACGCCGGCGACAAGACAUUGUGGCGGCUCAUCAGAAUGUCUUGCAAUUUUCCAGGCAUGCUCUCUAUCUGCAAUCGUGGACACCAAAUUUCAAUCCCAUCCCUUUGGUUCAUUACUCUAACUCGGUUUGGAUCAGAUUGUAUAACCUUCCGAUUGAAUAUUGGGGUGAUGGUUUGUUGGAGAAGGUUGGCAGGACAUUAGGGACUCUUCUGGAGGUUGAUGUUGACGAUGAAGCAGAUCUUUGCAAGUAUGUCAGAUUGAGAAUAGCAGCAGUUAGGCGUAUCCCAGAAAGUAUAAAUCUUUUAACGACCAAUGGUGAAUGGAGCCAACAGUUGGAGAUUGAAAAAGAGAUAUGCCAAUGUCAGAGAUGUGGGAGUAGGAUGCAUGGUGAGGACGAUUGCAAAAUGUUUGUAGGGAAGGCCAGCAAGGUCUUCAGAAAACUGGUUCAAAAUUGGAAGCAUAAGACAGUAUCUCUAGAGAAAAUGGUUACGGGGACGGUGAUGCAGACUGUUGUGGUACAAUCGGGGAGCAAGGAGAAAGUUGCCGAAUCCAUGUCGAAAGCUGUUGGUGAAGCCACAAAAGCAAUAGGUGAUGAGGUUACAUUCAAUCCGGGUAAGGGCAAAGGCUUAUCAGAUACAGAGUUUGAGUAUGACAAGGGCUCAGAUGAGGAUUUUUUGCAGGAAGAUGAGUUGGACAAUGUCGAUUCACGGUCAUGGGAAGGUUAUUUUCAAGAAGCUAAAGGUUCUGCUGGGGGAUUGGGCUUUUUGUGGAAUCCUCAAAGUAUUAAAGUUUCCGAUUUGGAGAGAUCAAAUUUUUGGAUCUUUGGUGUUGUUCGCAACUUGAAGGAUAAUGUGUCAAUUCCUCUUUUUAAUGUCUAUGGCCCAACUAAAAUGAUUGACAAAGCUAAAGUCUGGAAAGACAUUUCGGAUAAAAUCGUUACUCUUAACAAUGAUAAAGUCAUAGUUGCUGGUGACUUCAAUGCUCUGCUGGAAUUGGAUGACAAAAAAGGUGGUUUGAGAAUGAAUACAAGAGUUAUGGAAGAUUUUAGGGAGUUUGUGGCAGGAAAUUCUUUGUUUGACGUAAAGCCAAAGAAUGGACUAUUUACAUGGACCAAUAGGAGGGAAAAUUUCUCUAGGAUCUCUGAAAGAUUGGAUAGAUUUCUGGUGGGGCCUUUUUGGGUGGACUCAGAUUUCAAUGUUGAUUCAUGUAUUCUUUCAUGGACUCUAUCAGAUCAUUUCCCAGUUUAG